AUGCACCGGAAUGCUUUUCCAAAUGCUCCAGACAGCUUUUCAAAGAUAAAUAAUGCUCCAGACUGCUCUUCCAAGGAUAAUAAUGCUCCAGACUGUUCUUCCAAGGAUAAUAAUGCUCCAGACUGCUCUUCCAAGGAUAAUAAUGCUCCAGACUGUUCUUCCAAGGUAAAUAAUACUCCAGACUGUUCUCCCAAGGAUAAUAAUGCUCCAGACUGUUCUUCCAAGGAUAAUAAGGCUCCAGACUGCUCUUCCAAGGAUAAUAAUGCUCCAGACUGCUCUUCCAAGGAUAAUAAUGCUCCAGACUGUUCUUCCAAGGAUAAUAAUGCUCCAGACUGCUCUUCCAAGGAUAAUAAUGCUCCAGACUGCUCUUCCAAGGAUAAUAAUGCUCCAGACUGUUCUUCCAAGGUAAAUAAUACUCCAGACUGUUCUCCCAAGGAUAAUAAUGCUCCAGACUGUUCUUCCAAGGAUAAUAAUGCUCCAGACUGCUCUUCCAAGGAUAAUAAUGCUCCAGACUGCUCUUCCAAGGAUAAUAAUGCUCCAGACUGUUCUUCCAAGGUAAAUAAUACUCCAGACUGUUCUCCCAAGGAUAAUAAUGCUCCUGACUAUUCUUCCAAGGUUAAUAAUGCUCCAGACUGCUCUUCCAAGGUGCCGCCCACCCAGUGUGUUGUUGCCGCCCACGCCCACGCCUUGUGUCGGUGUCGCCCACGCUCACCCCUUGUGUUUGUGCCGCCCACCCCAAGUGUGUCGGUGACGCCCACGCCCACCUCAUGUGUUAGUGCCGCCCACGCGGUGUGUCGGUGCCGCCCACGCCCACCCCGUGUGCUGUGGGACCUCACCGCCCUACCUGUGCGUUAUCGAUUAGUUCCAUGUUCCUUCCCUCUCUACCACACGUAA